CUAAACCUAUUGUUUUAUGUUACUUUAAAUUGCGUGAAAUGUCCUUGGAAUUUUCGUCUCCACUCGGUCAGUCAACCAAUGUGGAGCGAAAGCUGGAGAGCAAUAAAUUGAAAAACUUUGGUUUUCUCGUACCUCACAUUUUUGAGUUUGAGAAUGAAUUACAAGAGCUUUUAUUUGAGAUUGAUAUGCUUAUUGAAAAGAAGAAAUGUGAGUGGGAAGGAGAUCUCCAAGCCCUUGAAAGAAAGCUGUCGAUUAAGGUGUCUGAAAAUAACAGGCUACAGGGUCUUGUUAACGAAAAAGAAAGGGAUUUACAAGAUGCUUUUAGGCGCCUUGAAAUGGUUGAAUCUAAAGAUCAAAGAAUGUGUUAUGGCAAACAAAUUGAGGAAUUAAGUCACAAGGUUGACGCCAUGAAAGCUAGUUACAGUAAUCUUCAAAGUAAAUAUCAAAAGCAAUUAGCUGCAGAAAAAAGUGAUUUCUCAAUGCAUCUACGUAAUCUAGAGACUGAAAAUGAAGCUCUAAAAGCUGAGUACGAGAGAUUAAGGUGCGUUAUUUACUCUUCGGUUAAAUAUUCAAGUUUACAGAAUAAUUACUUUAAAGUGUACCUCAUUGUGGAUUUCAUGUUUGGACAUGAAUAGUGAAAUGUAGUAAGUGAAUGAAUAUAUGCGGUAGCCACAAUAAAAUGAGACAGUUAUAGAGAUUCGAAAGCAAGCUAAUUUCCGCUUCUGAUUACUUGAUAUUUUAGUUAAGCAAAGUCGAACUUCUAAUCAUACUUCAUAUUGGGGCAACUUGUCUCUUUAUUGUUAUUCUCUGACUUAAUUCAAAUUAUCACACCUUGUCUUUCACCAAGAAGAUGUUUUCUGCAGUGCACGCUAAAUAAAAAGGUGUGCCCAUUGACUUCUUGUCCUGUCGGUAACAUACAAUCAUUAGGCCGGAUUUUAUUAUUCAGCAUGACAUUAAUAUGAAUACUUGGUAAAGGUUUCAACCAACUUAAAAAUUCAUCGACUUGUAAAUUCUGAGCAACCUUUGUCGUAUUUAAAUUUUUUUCUUGUUUCUAUUUAAUGAUACGAAAAAACCUCGUCUGAUUUACGACUCAUGAGCUGUGUAAUUUUCUGUAAGGAUGUUUAUAUUUCACAUUUAUUGUUAUUUCUAAUAGACUAAAAGUUAAGCUUUUUGAUUCCUAUUUUCUAAAACUAAUAUUCGACCUCAAGGUACAACGUUUGACAGAAGACAGAUGGUAUGGUUCAUUAGGCAGUCAUUCUAGCUAGUCCUGUUUGUGAAACUCACAAAAUAAAAGUACCAUUAUCCUACCAUAUGGGUGAUGAUGCUUUAGGACUGAUGAACACCUAUUUUUACUUUAACACAGAAUUAAAUGGCUCAAAUGUUUGGUCGUUCUACUUACUUAUAUAAACCGCACAUAACCUGUUUAUCUCAUAAGUUGCAGUAAUCACCUCUUUUUUCAUGACUUUAUUACACGGAAGGGAUUGAAAAAAAACCUAAUGAUAUUCUCGUGAUGAUUCUAUGCGCGAUCAUAGUUUCACCGUUUUAUGUUUUUUCACUGAGUGUGAAGUUCAAAUGCCACCAUUUCUACCUCAUUUUUGUUAGCCACACACCAGUUAUGAAAGACGCAUGAUAAUGCUAGUAGUCAGAUACGUUUAAUCUAGUCCUAUAAUUUUUAAAUAGCUAUUUUCCUAUUUGGAAAGAAAGAACUGACGCUGAUUUCUAAUAUGUUAAUUUGUAGAUUCCACUAUCAAAGCAACCCAUUGUGCCACUGAAUGAAAAUAAACAGGAUUUAUCGGAUACAAUUUUUUUCAACGAAAUCCUUCACUUAAGCUGUACAUUCGUAUUUAUAGUUUGACAAAUAUAUAUGUCUAUAGAAAAAUAGAAAAGCUUGCAUUUGAAAUCAUUUUAUGAUUCAAUUUUUUCCAUUUUUCUGUAGACAUAUAUGUUUAUUAAACAACUAUAAAUACGAAUGUAUAGCUUAAGUAAGUGAUUUGGUCGAAAACAAAAUUUUCUCUGUUGAGUUAACCAUUAUUUCUCAACUUCAGUCUAUGUAGUUAACUUAUAUAUUGAACACAGGUUUUGUACUCAGGUUUGAGCCGCAUAGAGUAUGUUGACAUGAGUAGGAAUACCCAGCUACUCAAAGCUAAUAGGUGAAGCGGGUUCAAAUCUGGGAUCUAUAGGUUACUGUGCGAAUCCAAAGUUUUCGAAGAGCGUUAGCACUAGGUUUUUGAAAAACUAAAGUGCCUUACUGAAAUUUGAUUGAGUUUUAUAGACUUUAAUGAAACAUAGCCUUUAGCAUUCGUAAAAUUUGAGAUAAAACCUAUUUUCUCUCAUUUACAAUAUUCAAUCUCGCUCAAACUGUUUAUGGUUCAUAAUGUUUAUAUUAGUUUAUGUUUCGUUUAAAUUUGGAUUGGAUUUUCGAGUGAUUUCUAGACUUCAUUAUGAGUUAUUGUUUAAUCCAUUUUACCAUAACUUUUAAAGAUUUUCUGUAGAUUUUAGUUUCUUGCUAUCUUCGUAGAUAUCUUACAUAGAUUAACUCGCCUUAUUCGUUUAUCUUCACAGUUUCUUGUUGAACUUUCUGAUUGUUAUUGUAUGAAUGAAGUUUAACACUAACUGUUUACUGAAUACUUUGAAUGUAACCUUAUGAAGUGACAGCUUAGGAAAUUUUGCGUACGUAUAUGUUCUGUGCUAACUUUUUAUUGCAAUUUUUUAAGGAACUACACAAUGUGGUGUUACACAAAUUACAAGUCAACCAUUGUCUAUUUCAAAAACAGGGUCAAUGCAUCGACUAUUAGGUUAUUACUUAUUAAAUUAAAACUAAGGUACAAAUCAGUCAAACAACUCAAACCAUAUUCAAUAUAACUAAUUCCCUUAAUUUUUCCGUUUGUAGACUACCAUUUUAUCAUUCUAGUGAAUUUGUUUAUUCAAUAUAGUUAUAUUCAAGUGACCUGGUUUCAAUAAAACAUUUAGGUAUUUAGCUUUAACCAAGAAGUCAAGGUAGAAUCUUGGAAUCAAUAUUAGAUCAUACUUAAAACGUUGUUUGUCCUUUUCCAACUUGUAAUCUAGACAAAAAAAUGAACAGAUUAUUUCAUCACUGAAACAACAGUUGGCAGACCAAAAAAGUGACACAAUUGAUAUUCAGAAACGGUAUGAUGAACUGCAAUCUCAAUUUGAGGUGAAAUUACAAGAAGAAGCCAAUCAAAAGAAUAACAUUAAAGAGAUGAAAGAAGAACAUCAAUCAGCUAUUGACAAACUUAGUAAACAGCUAAAUGAUCAUAAAAAUACAAUUAAGCUUCAGGCUGAAGAAUUAAUGAUCACUAAAGCAUCACUCACAAAUAAAAUUUCGGAAAUUCAUCGCCUUCCUCAUGAAGCUGAAAUGAAAAAAUCGGUUAUAAAUGGUUCUCAGAAAUCUGUAAAGCGUUUAGAAAAAACUGUGGCAAAGCAUUUAAACUUACUGUCACAUCGAAAACACAAUUCGACACCCAAUAUAUCAGUUAAACAUGGACCAACUUCAUUUACUGACUUAUCAUCACCAUUACAACAGCUGCAGCAACCUCUCAAUGAUCAAGAAGAAAUUACUCAUAAAGUUAAGUACUUGGAAAAUCAAUUAAGUGAAGCUAAUAAUACCCUCAUAGAUAAAAUGUUAGAAAUAAGUCGACUUGAAAAUACAUGUCAAGUAGCAUCUGCUACAAUUCGUCGUCUAGUGGAAUCCAAAGCAUGUUCUAAUGGUCAAACUAAGUCUCUGGAAACUUCCAUUGAUGAAGCCCGUGAAAAAGUGAGAAAUUUUGAAAGAAGGUUAUCUUUCGUUGAAGAGAAUUUGUCGUCUAAAUUAUCCAAAACAAUAUCUGAAAUAUGUCGACUUAAAAAAUAUGUUUAUCAAAUUCAAGCUUCCAGAUCAUAUGAAAUAAAUCGGGCGCCAAGAAAUUGUACUUCAGAUAAAGGUGUACAAACAAGUGACUAUUUACUGCCCAAUGAUGAACUAAUCAAACUAACAACUACUUUAGCCCUCAAUGAUACGCAGUCAGAAAAUCCCACUUCAUCCAACCUGUUAACAGAUAAGAAAGAGUUGGAUAAAAUGCCUAAUAAUUGUUGUGCUGAUCUGAAUUCAACGCUAUUUAUCAAUCAAUCAAAUAGUAGUAUCCAUCGUAAAACUCUUAACACUCCAGUAGAUCUAGUCAGUAAGCAAAUUGAAAUGGGAGUCAAUCACUCUCAGGUUCAAAUUAAUCAAGGAAACAAAAACUGUUCAAAUUUUAAACAAGAUUUUCACAGUAACGUCAGUUUACUUGGUAAUUCGACGGAUAUUUGUAAUGGGUCCAAAAAUUCUGAACAGUUGGUACAAAUUAUACCAAACAAAAUGUUUAAAAAUAAAGAUGAAAUACAAAUGUUGGCAGUCAGCGAGUCUGAUGUUGUUACAUCAUACAAACCAAUACCAUCGGUACGCUUUAAACUGUUGUCACCUUCGGAUGGUAAUAAUGAUGACAUCAAUUCAAACGAAAAUGAAUUAAUCGAUCUAGAUAAAAAUGUCUAUAAAACUAUUUCGGAACCCACACUAUUGACGUUAAAUUCAUCAGCAUCUGAAAUAUCAAAAUUCGCCAAAAUCAAUGAAAUUAUUGUUAAUUCAUUUCCAAAUUCAAGUUUGAAUUAUCCUACUGAUUCAAUUAGAAUUGUAUCUACAAGUGUCCCUCACUUUUCUGUUUACACACAAGAUAGUACAUUUGUUGAAUCAGAUACAAAUUUUCAGUGUUAUAAAUCAAUGAAUUUGUCAAAUGAAGAGCAGUCAUCAUCAUUUGAAAAGAAGGUAAAUCAUUAUCUGCCAUCAUAUUGUUCAACAUUAAUAUCAUCAUCAUCACCAUCAUCAUCAAUAUCAUUAUACCAGUCUCAAAUUAAUAAUGAUAAUUUAAAUGAAGAAGAUACAGAUGUUUAUAAUUUAGCUGCACAAUUUUUAGUUGAUGAACAAAAACAUUCCAUGUUAUUAGAACAACAAAUUGAUGCACAUUUGAAAUGUUUACAAGAACAUGCUGAACAUUUCAAUGAAUUAUAUUAAAUUACAUAUUUUUUAAUAUAUAUAUAUAUUGUUUUCAUUUUAUUUUGAUACAAGUCAAUCUUUUGUUUUAUACCAUGGUUGUGUUUCUAUAUCUACUAAUAACUUUAAAUGUUAGUAGUAUUUCUUAUUAGAAUACAAUUUUGUGAACGUACAUUAAAAUUGUAUACAAUUUAAUGUAUUAAAUUAUAUCUUAAAUCCUAUUCCACAUAUCAAUCGGAUAAAUAAAUUAAAACUGUUUUCCAGUACAAUUUUUUUUAUAGAAAAAAAGUAAUCUUCAACUGUGAUAUAUCUAUAUAUUCAAUAUUUGACCUCGUUUUAACAGUUUACAAGACUUACCCUUUUAUGGGAUAAGUGCAUGUAUAUGUAUAAUGCAUUCUUUUACCCUUGGUGUUGGAUUGUUUAUAUUGAUUUGUUUGUUGUUGUUUCAGUGUAACAAACACACACACACACACUUCUGAACACAAUGUUUAACAAAUAGGCUUUCCUACGGAUGAAUGCACAAAUCUACACAUCGAUUUAUUAGUAAAUUAACCAGCUUACACAGACAAGCACAUUAAAUGAUUAUGAGAAUUUGAAUGUUUCUCAACAGGCAGAUAUGUUUUCAUAUUUAUCAAGUUUUAUUAUGAAUUAAUAUCUAUCAAUUUUAUAAUAUUGUGAAAAAUAAUAAUCUCUUACAAUCUAUAAACAUAUAAUGAUGUAUCAUAUGUUCUUUCAAAAAUAAAUAUCCAGAGGAUGAACAACUAGGAUUUUCUUUUUACACUCUAAUGUCACAUUUACCUCAACGCUUAUCAGUCACUAUCUUCUUUUCCAUUCUUCCUCUGGGGGACAUUUUGUUAUUCACUUUUUAUAUUUGAGAUAGCUUAUUUUAUACAAUCUUUUACUGUUUGUCAAGUAGGUUUUUUAAACGGUAAAUUUUAAUGUAAUCAAAAUAUCAGUCUUUUUUCCUUUAUUUUUUGUAAUAUGAAACCAGUUAAAAGACGUCUGUGUUCCAA